ACAAGUAGUCGUAACUGUAUUUUUCACAAUGGAUACUGUGCCACUACAAUUUUUCGUUUUCUUCUUACUGUUGAAUAUUAGUUUAAUUUUUGCUGUACAAACUGCUACGGGUAGUGAACCUCAUCCGGGUGCUUCAGAUUCGCACGGCUACAGAGGACGUGGAGCAGAACGUUUGUGUGAUGACGUUGCAAUUAUUGGUGCUGGAAUUUCCGGAAGUUAUUCAGCUUGGCGAUUACGUCAUCGGAAUUUGAAGAUAUCUCUAUAUGAAUAUUCUGAUCGGAUAGGAGGGCGGCUUUACACAACACAUUUCCCAGGCACACCAGAUAUAAAUCUUGAGCUUGGUGGAAUGAGAUUUAUACCAGAAGCUCAUCCUAAAGCGAACAAUGUCAUCAAGGCGCUGGGACUGCAAAUUGUGGAUUUUCCGCUUGGCGCGUCGACAAGGGAUGAUACACUCCAUUAUUUGAGAAACAGACGUGUUCGCAACAUUGAUUUGCCGACCCAUGCACCAUACGACCUGCCCAUGCAUCAUCGUAUUAAUUUUAAAAAGCUAAACUCUGAUGUUUACUUCAACUACACUUUGGACAGCAUAUAUAGACAGAACACCAGCGACCCAUACAAUUUUCAGUUGGUAGAAUCUCUGGAUGGAGUCCCAUUGUAUAAACAGAGCAAAAAUGCAUUUAACCAUAAAUUUCUUGAUCACGAGACAAUCAACUAUUUGCGGGAUGCCAGCGCCUUUUCGUUUGAUUAUGUGGUAGAGUCUCAGGCUGCCCUGAUGCUUCCUACUGGGCGCUUUGACCCUACAGCGCCGCCAUCUAUUGUGAAAACGGUAGCCACUGGUUUCCAGAGUAUUCCUGUCACAAUGGUCAAUCAGUUUCUUGCAAGCAGCUCCAGCCAUGCCUUACACGGAAACCACCAUCUAAGGGUGAUUGGAGGUCCAAAGCAUGGUGUUUAUUCAUUGCUAUUUUCGAGAACAGUAUCAACAAGGGGAGUUACGAGUGAUAUGGGCCAAUCAUUGCUACGACGUUGUGCAAAGAAAGUGAUACUGGCUAUACCUAAAGUUGCCCUUGAACGACUUCAAUGGGCUGGAUUGCAGGCACCUGAGAUAUCACAUCUACUAAAGAAUGCUGUGAAUGAUGUUAAAGCUGGUAAAAUAUUUUUUGGAUUUCAAUCGGACUGGUACAAAAAACAUGUCCACUAUUCGGAUUACACCAUUUCGGAUACGCCCCUUGAACAGACGUAUGAUUUUGGAAAGUCACCGAUCAACGGGAAAGCCGUAUUGAAUAUCGCAUACUCGGACCACAGUAACGAAGUUUGGAAAGAAAUGGUUUCGUCGUCUCCAGCAACGUUCCCAGGGACGGACGAUGACAGUCUACGGAUGAGCAAUCUUGCUGUUGACGUUGCUAGGAAAUACUAUGCUCAAAUUCUGGACAUUCCCGAGCAGUAUGUUCCGCAGCCAGAUUAUGCGGUAAUGCGUAUUUGGGACGACUAUCCUUUCGGAUCAUCAUGGUAUGCCUGGGCGCCGGGUUUUAGACAGGACCUUGUUGCCAGGAGAAUGCUAAAGCCUUCAGAUAGUGACCCGAUCUUUAUUGCUUCUAACACAUUUAGUCCUGGCGUCGAUUCUGGAUGGAUUGAAGGGGCGUUCAAUACAGUCGAUGAAAUGAUAUAUUAUUAUUUUUAAAAGAUUACGCGUAACGCAUUCCGUAAGUGUAGGUGUAAGUUUCCUUUUAUCCCGUACACCAACCUGGUGUUAAAGCAAUAUAUCGGAGUACAGUAUAUUAUAACUACAUGUAUAAGAUCAAGUGGUCACUUGAAUCAGGAAAAUAUAUAUUUACAUUUUGGUUUUGAACCGUUUUAUUUGAAAUAAAACUAAAAU